AUGGCAGGUAAAGAAGAGAGUGUCGGGAAACCUGCGGACGCAAACGAGGGCCGGCGACGGCGGGGCCGCGGGGAGAAGGAGAGGGAGCGAGUGAAGGAGAGAGAGAGGGAGAAAGGCCGGGAUCGGGAGCGCGAGAGAGACAAGGACAGGGAUCGGGAAAGGGACCGAGAUCGAGAUCGGGAGCGGGAGAGGGAUCGGGAUAGGGGUAGGGAUCGCGAUCGGGAUUGGGAGAAGGAGAAGGAGAAGGAGAAGGAGAAGGAGAAGGAGAAGGAGAAGGAGAAGGAGAAGGAGAAGGAGAAGGAGAAGGAGAAGGAGAAGGAGAAGGAGAAGGAGAGAGAGGAGAAGGAGAAGGAGCGAGGAGAAAGCGAAAGCGAUGGCGAGGGGAAUGAGAAAGGGAAGGAGAGGGAUCAAGAGCGCGAGCACGGGAGGGGACGACGUCGAGAGAAGGAUAAGGGAGAUAGCAGGGAUGACAGGGGUGGUGACGAUGGUGGGGAUGGUGAGGAUGGUGGGAAUGGUAGGGAUGACGUAAGGGAGGUAGAUAUGGAUAGGGAGGCGGAAGGUAGCACGGAAGGGGAACAGUUUCCGGAGGGGAGGCGGGAGAACGCGAGGGAACGAGGGCGAGAGCGCGAGAGAGGAAGUGGAAGCGAGGAGAGGGGUAAGGAGGAGGGAGAGAAGGAGAGGGAGAGGGAGAGGGAGAAGGAGAGGGAGAGGGAGAGGGAGAGGGAGAGGGAGAGGGAGAGGGAGAGGGAGAGAGACGGGAAGAGGAGGGAGAGGAGAGGGAGAGAGAGGGCGAAGGCAGAGAGUGAGGAUGAGGCGGAGAAGGAGAAGGAGAGAGGGUGGGCGAGAGAAGGACACGAGAAAGGCCAAGGGAGGGGCCAGGAGAGGGGGAGAAGGAGGAAAGAGGAGGGUGGAAGAGGGGAGAAGCAAGAAACAGAGGAGAGGCGAGGAGGAGGGGCAGGAGGAGGGGCAGGAGGAGGGGCAGGAGGAGGGGCAGGGAGCCCACCAUACGACAAGGACGAGAAAGUGCUGGCGUUUCAUGGGAAGCUGCUGUACGAGGCUAAGGUGCGUGAUGGGGGCAAAAGGACCUGUGUUGAAGCUGGAAAAGGACGAAAACGGCUACUGGUCUUUCGUGCAACCGCCACCCCUCUCUUUCUUUUCCCCCCUCUCCCUUUUUCCCGGCCGUGCCUCUGUGGGUUGCUGGUGGCACAACGGCAGGUGUUGAAGCUGGAAAAGGACGAAAACGGCGACUGGUCUUUCUUUAUCCACUACACUGGGUGGAAGAAAAGUUGGGACGAGUGGGUGGGCACGGUGCGGUUGCUCAAGGACACGGAGGAGAAUCAGCGGCGCAAGCAGCAGCUGAAGCAGGAGGCUCAGGGGGGCGGCCGGAAGGACAAGGCGCCUGCUCGUGGCAAGGUCACCUCGCCAGAUGUGCACGGGUCAGGAGGCAAGGGGCGCAAGAGAAAGGCACCAGAUACCACCCCUGGUUCAGCUGGUGCCAAAGCUGCUGGCUCUUCUGCCGCUGCUGCUAUUGCUGCUGCCGCUACAAGCCCUCCUGCUGCUUCUGGUCGGGGUGCUGGUGCUGGGGGCGCUGGUAGAGGGAGGAGAAGAGGAGCAGGGCGAGCAGGAGGGGAAGAGGAGGCGGAAGGGAGGAAAGGAGGUGAGGAGGAGGAGGAGGAGGAGGAGGAGGAGGAGGAGGAGGAGGAGGAGGAGGAGGAGGAGGAGGAGGAGGAGGAGGAGGAGGAGGAGGAGGAGGAGGAGGAGGAGGAGGAGGAGGAGGAGGAGGAGGAGGAGGAGGCGGAGGGAGAGAGUGCGGGGCAGAGCGGUAGAAGCAGUGAGGAGGAAGAAGAGGAAGAGGAGGAGGAAGAGGAGCUAUUAGAAGACGAGGAUCUGGUGGUGCGCCAGAGGAAGCUCGUGCCACUGCCCUGCAGGCCCUCUGUGGCGGAGCUCCUAGCGGACUUCAUCAGCUCCAAGCGCAGCAAGCGGCGUGGCAAGGGCAUGGCGGAGGUGGUGAACGGCAUCCGGUGCUACUUUGACCGCUCGCUGCCGCUCAUGCUGCUGUACAAGGAGGAGCGCGAGCAGUUCCAAUGCGUCUUUGCCCGCCUCACUGCCGCCGCUGCCUCCGCUUCUGGUGCUGCUGCAGCCGCAGGAGGAGGGGGAGCGGGAGGGGGUGGAGGGAGUGGAGGAGGAGAGGGGACGGCGGGAGGGGGAGGUGGAGACGGGGCGAGAGGAGGAGGAGGAGGGGGUGGGGGAGUGUCGGAUGCGGCAGCGCCGUCGACUGUACGGCCGUCGGAUAUAUACGGGGCGGAGCACCUACUCAGGCUCUUCACCAAGCUGCCGGCAAUGCUGGCCACGGUCUACUUUGAGCAGGAGGCCCUACACCAGCUCUUCCAGAACUUCAACAUCAUCCUCAAGUACCUCCAAAGGAACAGGUCCACCAUAUUUGCAUCUUCAUACAUGGAUGCAGCUACAGCACUGCAGCCACCCUCAGGAACUCCAAAGUGA